AUGAAGGAAUAUGCUAAGGCUGCUCAGAAGGUCUCUUUCAUGAACCAAUACAUCAAUGGGAGAUGGCAGGACGGCUGGUGGAGGGAACUUCAGUUCAAGCAGCAAUCUAAAAGAGAAUUCCUCCUUCAAUUCAAGAGCAUUGCGAGGGUCUCACCGCUUGCUUCUCCAUCAUCUACAACGGAACCGAUUCAGCCUCCUGCUGCGGCAGCGCUUGCGCAGACACCGCUCGGCACGCAGACACCGCUCGGCACGCAGACACCGCUCGCAACCUCUGCUACAGCUGCAAACAAGCGACCAAGUACUCCUUCCCAGGUUAUGCGAUCCUCCAAGCGGCUCAAGGUUGUUGUUUCGAAUCCAACCACGAUCGACCUAUCGACGGAAAUCGACCUAUCCGCAAAAACCAACCUAUCCGCGUCAAAGGGCGACUAUAAUCACAUGCUGCCUACAGCAAUUGUGGGCCACAAGUAUGACGGCUUGUCGAACGAAUGGGAGGACUGGGACGACACGGUAAACAGGGACAAGGUUCUCAAAGCCAUGCAAUGCCACACGGAAAUCAUCCUACCGGAGACGUAUGAUCAGUUGUACCUCAACGCCGAACUCCAGGCCAAGCACACCACCGGCAAGAAGACGAAAAAUACCAGCCUCACCAGCAAGUUGACCGAGGAGCAAGCCCUCAAGUGGAAAGAGACAUGUGAUUAG